AUGGCUCCAAAACAGCCAAACACUGGGAUUUUUGUGGGAUUGAAUAAAGGCCACAUAGUGACCAGGAAGGAAUUAGCUCCACGCCCUUCUGAUCGCAAAGGGAAAACUAGUAAAAGGGUACACUUUGUUAGGAAUUUGAUCCGGGAAGUUGCUGGUUUUGCACCAUAUGAAAAGAGAAUCACUGAGCUUCUCAAGGUAGGCAAGGACAAACGUGCACUGAAAGUUGCUAAGAGAAAGUUGGGAACCCACAAGAGGGCAAAGAAGAAGCGUGAGGAGAUGUCCAAUGUCCUCCGUAAGAUCAGGGCUGGUGGUGGAGCUUCGGAAAAGAAGAAAUGA